UAGGUUCCAUUCGGAAUUCAGCCAUUCCUAAAUCCCAAUUUCCCAUUUGCCUCUUCCGGUCUUCCCUCUUCUCUACCCUCUUCCCUCCUCGGUUCUUCCCUUCCCAAUUUCGCAGUUCGCAAGUUGCAACUUCGCCGGCAGCCGGCACUCCCUGACUCCCAGUCCCAGUUCUCUUCAGCUUAACCUUCCCUUCCCAGCUCCCUUCCCACUUCGCAGUUCGCACACAGUCGGCGACGGCGAGUUCGAACCUCCUGUUCCAGAUCGGCAGAGCCAGUCUUCCCCUUCGGACUUCGGCUUCCACCUUCGCAGCUCGCACUCUCGCAGACUCGCAGUACUCCUUCGGACCUGCGGUCCUUCAGGUUUUUCAUUUUUCCGUUGUGUUCAAAACUCGAAAGUAUUUGCAGUUUGAUGUUUAUUGAAAUUUUACAAUACCCUAGGAUGAGCACAAUGUGUUUGAUUAAAUGUAUGAGAGAAUAUUUCCCCCAAAUGAUUAUAUUUAUUUUGAUCAGUCUCCCUCUUUAAAAUGGAUUUCUUGGUGUUAUUUGUUUAUAUUUGUUUGAAUGUUCAUUGAAUUUGAGUUUUGUUCCUUUUUAAUUUUUUUAUAUUUGUGUUUUCUUACUUUUGUUGUACCCAAAGUCCAGUGCCCUAUUCUCUUCUUCUUCGGUUCUUCCCUGCUCUUACCAAUAACCCUUGUUUGCGUAUCAUGGAAAUUUUUUUUGGUGUUGAGAAUUUGUCUGUUGAGUUGUCUUCAUUAGUGGAUGCAAAAUUCUCUUUUGAGUACAAGAGCAUAAAAUAAAGGACAGAAAGAAGAUAAAAGGAUGGAGGAUGAAUUUUUUUUUAGAAUUACUUAGUUGUUUUAAGGGACAAUUACUCAUAAUUAAUUUUAAUUUUAUUCGAUUAAAUUUGGUUAACUGAAUUACCCAACAAUUCGAUUUGGUCGACCACGGUUUGGCUGAUUCGUUAUGGGGGUGGAGUUAACCGAAAUAAUUCGUUUAAUUGGGCAAACUGGUCGAUUGCACGCCCUAGGCUUGGUCACAACUGUCAUUGAAUUUGCCUUGCGAGUAUUGUAAAAUUUUUGGAGAAUGCAAGAUUCUUGCAACUUGGGGUAGACUCGAUUUUUUUCUGUUCGAAACAUAUCGGUUCUCAUAUUUCUGAACCGUAAACUGACGGUUCAGUUUAAGUACAUAGCGGUUCUUCGGUUUGAUUUUUGGUUAGUACCCGAACCGGACCUCCCCAAAAUAUUAUGAUUUCAGGCCCAUUUAAAAUGGUCAAAUGAGUCUUAUUUUGAGCGGGCCAAGCAUAAGUGAAAUGGAAAAGAGGGAGAGAGGAGGUCUGGCUUUAUAGGUGGAGAAGGUUCCCCUAAAAGUAAUGGCCAGCCGAUGUGGGACGGGGGAAACUGGGAUUGAAGGGGAAUGUGAAGGGUGAAGGCUGGGACUACUUCCUCGGCAAUGGCUGGGCUUGGGGGGCGGGGAGGUAUGUGUGUCGGUGUGUGUGUGUGUGUGUGAGAGAGUGAGAUUAAGAAAGUGAGAGUGAGGGAUUCAUCCUAGAGUAGAGUUCCUCGUUUAGGCAACUUCAAAUCUCCAACGAACCAGCAGACGCUGGCGACGAAAAUUGACGCCGACGAUGGCGAUGAGGUCCAGCGGCACUAGCAAGCCAGCAGACGCUAGUGACGGCAAUUGAUGUUGAUGAUGGCGGUGAGGUUCAAUGACGUUAGUUGUGGUGGUUGCAGGUGGCCGUGCAACAAAGCAACAAUAGUUGCGGUUUCCUAGAAACCCUAAGCAGCUAAAGGGGAGAUGAACAUUGGGUGUUGGAUGGAGUUUAUAUGCGCUUACAUGUGAGUGUGUAAAUUAGGUGGACCGAUUGAUUGGUUUUCCACUUCAUCCCAUCCCACAUCAGUAAUACAUGGGAGAAAUCCUUCCAUCAUCAUGCGUAAAGGGUUCUAAUCCCUCCAUUUUUUUUGCCAUAAUUAAAAAUUUGGAUGUAUUAUUAUAAUGAAUAAAAGUUAUUAAAUAAUUGUGGGUAUUAAUGAACAAAGAGUUAUAAACUGGAAAAUUUUUUUAGAUAAAUACAUAAAUCGAUUUUUCAGUUUUUUUGGUUUGGGUUUUUUUGUAUAACUGAAAUUGAAACCAAAAAUUGAAUUUUUAAAAUUGAAAAGUCAAAAUCGAAAAACCGAGCCAAAAUAUUAAAUGGUUCAGUUUUGAUCUAGUUUUCGGUUUUUUGGUUAUUUUGUACACCCCUACUGAUUAUCUACUAAUGAGGUUUACAGAGAUCUUUGGGAAAGAUUGGACAAGGGAAGGCAUCUAGAGUUGUCUAAUUGAGAAUGAUUCUGUUUUCUUGGUUAAAAUUUUCUCCCUCCAUUUGCCAGUGAUUGGAUUGGUCUACACUACAUUAGAUUCUUAUUGUAAUUUAAAAGAACAAAUUGUUGCCCAUCUCUAAGCUUGAAGUUGCCUAGACAGCCAUUUAGCUUAGAAUUUAAAAGGAUCCACUUCGCCACACCUCAACAUCUGUGAUCGGAGGUAGAAAAGAGGAACGGAAAAAUCAAAGAUGGAGUAAGGAGAGGAAUUGCUCCUUUUGGUAGAUCCAAUAGAAGGGAAGAGGGUAAAUGUGUGGGAUCCUCUAACGAGACACAUGGCAUGUUUUCUUCAGCAAGUUUUGAUUCUUAGGUGAAAUAAGUUCCUACAAGGAUUUUUUAACUUUUAAAAGUUUUUAAAAAUAGUUAAAGUUAACUUUUUAAAAGUUGAAAAGUUUUUCUCUAAAUGUUAUUGUUUUUAAAAUCAAACUAGACCACCUAUUAGACUCGAUUGGGGCAAAACUGAGCAUGGUCCAGUCCAAGUAAAACUGCAAAUACAAAAAGAAGUCAAUUGAAACAGAACCGGUUGGUCUAGUUUAAACCGGUUUGGCUUAGACUUGCCAUUAAUUCAGGUCAAAUCAGUCACCUUUAUUUUGAUUUAGAAUAUAUAUAUAUAUAUAUAUAUAUUUGAUUUUUUAAAGAGAAACGUUAAGGGCCAAAGGUAAAGUAGUAAAUACCAAAUAAACCCCUGAACCCUAGUCCUCCAUUCCUCCCACUCCCAGCCUCCCUGUCUUGCACUGCGCUUCCUUCUCCAGCGCACGCGCUCAGCACCUCCUUCUCCGGUGCGUCCUCAGCAGACAGCAGCUCAGUCCUGCACUCCCCUACGAUGGCUUCUCCUCUCGCGGCUGCCUCCCACAGUCAGUGAGGGCUUCUUCGCGGCAGCCUCCCACUUCAGAACUGUUAUUGCACAGUGCCUAUCUUGAGUUUAUUUCAAAAUUUGGGAAGUUUGUGUGUUAGUCGAUUUCAGCAGAAAAAAAGAAAAUUUCAGGACAGUGUACUGAGCCCAUGCCUAGCAUUGAUUUGCACUAGUAUUUUCUCAAUGGGAAAGCUAAAGCCCUAGGUGUCCUUCUCCCUCCAUCGCUCUCACACAGGCAUUAUCCUGGCAGUUAAUAGUCUCUAGUAUUUUGCAGGGGCAAGUGAACAGAGAAGUAGACAAAAGGAACCAAAGGACGAGAACAUAAUAAUUAUAGUAGGUAAAGAUGGAAUAUGGGUCCUUCAAAGAUCCAAGUGCAGCUACAUUUUCUCUUAGCGAUGAGGACCACACACUUGCUAAUUCUGUGAGAUUCACCUUGAAUCAAGAUCCUAGGGUGAUGUUUUGUGGUUAUAGCAUUCCUCAUCCUUCAGAGGCCCGAGUUAAUAUCAGAGUACAGACAACAGGCGAUCCAGCUGCUGAGGUAGUGAAAGAUGCAUGCCAGGAUCUGUCGCUGAUGUGCCAGCAUGUGAGAAACACCUUUGACAAGGCUGUUACUGAUUUUAAGAUGAGCAAGCCUAUUGAGGCCAUGAAAAUUGAAAAUAAAAACAAGAAGCCUUGAUAUUCAAGUUCUGAAAUAAAUGUAGCCCAAUAAAUAUGUUCGUAACUCACCAAUAUUAUUAUUGACUCAGUUUUGUUUAGUAUAGAACCAUCUUUUGUCCUGUAUUUGGAAUGACAAUGCUGGUUUUUGCUCUCAUAAUCACUCUUCCAUGGAUUUUGCGCUCA